AAAAUGUGGUAGAUUCUAUGCAAUAUCUCUCUCCACUCUCUAGUCGUGAUUAUAACUCCAGAAAAAAAGCCCUGGAUAACCUAUGCCUGCUGGUUGACCAGUACUUGGAUGGUUAUGGCAGUCCAGUAUCCACUGGAGUUCCCGGCCUAUUAAAUGGUGUGAAUAGGGAAUCUUACCUACAGUCAAUUUUACCAGGAUUCCUACGACUGUCAACUGUUUGCCCUUUUGAGGAUGUACGAGAGCGAUGCUGUCUCUUACUAGGGGAGAUUAAGGUAAGCAUAAGAUAAGUAGAAAAUUGUAUUGAGGUUUUUAUUUUCAGUUUUGGUUAAACAUUCAUUUUGUGUCAUUUUUAUGAGUUGCAUUAUUUAUUCUUUAAAAGUUUUAGAUCUAUUUUUAUUUGAUCUAUCAUCUCCUCAUUCAAAAAGUAUGAGAAAGGAAUUAAUACUUCUGUUGAGUUCAGUUGUGUACAGUACAGGGUUUCACUAAAGUUUGGGCAUGUAGACAAAACCCAAAUUUUCAUUUCAAUACGUAUUUUAACAUUUUCUUUUAUUAUUUCGUAACAUCAUCCACAUUAUUACCAAAAUGUGUGGUGUACAAGUCCAUGUGCUUUGUGAGAUUCACAUAAACGCAAUGCAGUAACUCCAUAUUUCUGUCAAUUUGAGCACAUUCAUUCACGAUGCCCUCAUGCGGGUGAUUCAUUUCUCUGAUUUUCAUGGAGUACAUUUUCUUCUUUGUGGUAAAGAUGCAAUCCCCUCAGACUAAAAAAAACCCUACUUUUACAAUGUUGACUUUUAAUCUGACAUCUGGAAAAUUAAAUUAACCAAAAUAACUUUUAUAAUCAUCUUUUUUUUACUUCUCUUUAUUGUUCUAAUUAUAGAAUGUGUAAACAAAAAAAAUGAAUUUUUGAUGGAUAAAUGAAUGUAUCUGAGUGAAUAGUUUUGACAAAAGAACUGAUGUUUAUGAAUAAAUACAGUGCAUUAAAGAGUGAUAAAGUUUUCAAUAAAUCCAUAAUGCUUCUUGAUAGGUGUGUUACAUAUAAUAUCGUAGAGGGUGUGGUCACAUAAAACCAGUUGGUCUCUGUGUAAUCAGAAGUGGAGUGAAACAGACGGCACGGGCACCAUGGAAGUGUUUUGGUGGCAAAUUGCUUCGCUACUGAUCAAAAUCUAUUACGGGUGCAGUCGUGAUCGGGUGCUUUCAUCAAGUACAGUGUGGUAUACUCAUUGUGGAUGUGUUCCGGUCUUACAUGACCCAUCUUAAAUGUAUACCAGAGUUGGGAGACAUUUCAGCACCUGAUGUAAUGGUGGAUAGAGAGUGUAUGUAACCUGCCAAGGAAUCUGUUCUCAGAGCGCCCUAGUCACAAACUAUGCCCACAAUUCAAAUUUUCUCUACAAUUUUUUUUUAUUAAAUGAAAAGAAUAAGGACAUUUAAAAAACCCAAACUUUUUAACUUUAAAAAUAUUGGACAAAACCCACCCUGGUCAAAGUAGGGGGCUUUUGGCAGACAUUUUUUAUUCUUUGGAUGUUGUAGCCCAGAAUAGAAUGGAAAUCACACUGAGAAUUUCAUGAAAUAAAAUGUUGAAACAUUUAUUGAAAUUUUGCAUUGUCUCUGCGUCCAGACUACACUGUCAGCUUAUUAGGCUUAAAUUAAACAUAUUAAACUAAAUGAACAUUGCACAGACGUAAUAAGACGACUAAAUCAUGCCUCCUUUUGUGCACAUCUCAACAUAUCCAUGACUUUCUUGUUUUACUACAACCUGCUUUCUUGUGACAGGAGAAACUAUGGCUCUUUAAAAGGAACAAGAAAACACAUUUUAAUAUCUCCUUGAAAUGUUAGAGAAAUUCUGGCAAUCAAACCAAAUAUUUAUAAUUUAGGCAUACAUGCAAAUAUAGGGAUAUCUAAAAUCUAUUAAGUGAGAGCCCCGUGCCAGCCCUUUGUACAAAAUACGCGCUACACUCGCCCUGACUGCAGUGAGUUGGUCUUUUUUAAAAAAUCUGCAUAUUUAAUUACAUUUAAUUGUAUGUAAUUGGGUUCAACCAAAGAUGUGGACGUGGAUUUGCCUGUUUAAACAAACAAUACUUAUCCAAAUAGGCCUACUUAUGACUCACAGGAACAGAUUUAUCAGUUGGUUUUAGUUUCAGAUAAGCCAGCAGAUACGAAAUCUAGAUUUUUACAUUUAAAUUGCAUGUAUUAUUGCCGUCAUUGAAGUUAUUUUGAUGGCCUGACGCAGUGCCGAUCAGAAAAAAAAUUGUUUGGCCUUGUAUUAUCCAGUUGUUCAGAGUUUAGUGGACCAAAGUAUAAGUCAGGGGCGAAAGAUUGCCACUAGCUGCUACAGCACAACAGGCGUCAGAUGUUGCCUGCCCUUGCUGCCAGCGUUAAAUUUAUGGUCAAACUUGGGAAGGGAGGUGGAAGGCGGUGGGGGGUGAGAGAUGGGUGGAGUCUUCAACGCCCAGGGUUGACAACAAGACACACCAGCUUAUUUCGAGUUUUCUGUUAAAGUCACUCCUCAUCAAUGACCAAAUAGAUCUAUUUAUAUUAUCUCACUGUAACCGACCAAUUGAGCAAUUCUUAUUGGAGAGAUGUGAGAGUAGCUCAAUUUUUUUUAUUAUUAUUAAUAUAUUAAUUAUUUGUCGGGCAGUGGCGUGCCUGGGGGGGGGUGAAUGGUUGACUGACACGGGCGGAUUUUUUGGUCUUGUUUUUAUAUAACAUUGUUUGGGACGCACUUUUGGGAGUUGGCCUCGGGCUGCAUCUAGUGAAGGAGGUACGUCGUUGUCUCUGUGCUGGACUAAUGUGUCACGCACAACGUUACUGGUAAUUUAGCCACUCUAGGCUGAGGCUUUUUUGUUUAGUCCAUACUGCUUUUAAAUAUGGCUGAGUUUCUUUGUAUACAUAUGUAUGACACAUACACAGUCUACACUAAAGAUGAUUGUUUUGACUAAAGCUCGGUCAGUGUGGCAGCCAUUGCUCACAUUGAACGAUUUGUCAUUAUUAUUUUUAAUUAAAUACUGACUGAAUAAAAGUUUUUUUGUUUUUGUUUUUUUAAUGAUCAUUUGUGACGAAAGUUGGCUCGCCUUAGGGUAGAACACCGCCAAGUCUCACCUUUAACUUUUAUUACAGUCGAGUAAUGCAUACCGGUACAACUGCUAGAUAAUAUCUGAAUAAAAAAAAAUGUCUUGAAACCGUUUUCCUCAGGACAGCAAGUAUAUUGGCUUAUGCGACUUUACUAACUUAUAUUCUAUAUACUGGUAUAUUGUUUUAGAUCUUGACGUCCCAAAAAUGAUUUUGCACACAGUAAGUAGUGGGGAGUGUUUGAAAUUAUUGUGAUAGUACCUAAGGGGGGGGGGGUGUGCACCGUGGCAUAGCAACGGUUAGUGCCACCCGGGGAGGGCCAAGAAAAAAAAAUGGCCGUACCCCCGCCUUUUUUUUUGGGGGGGGGCAUAUAAAGAAAAAACUGCGCCCGGGGUGGACCGCCCUUUUCCUUACCCCUUUCUACGCCACUGGGGGUGUAUAUAUAUACCGGGUAUGUAUGCACAUCCCGCAAUUUGAAAUAGAGACCAUUUAAAGUAACAUAAUCCUGUUUGCCUAACUUCAUUGCUCCAGCUCUAUUACUUUUUAUCUCUGUUGUCUUUUGUACUGUACAGCAAUGCUCAACUCCCUCAUUAAAAUGACUACUUCAAUGACGGAAAGAUAUUUUUAACAUGCUUAAUAGUUAACUUAUUUUUUUUUUUUUUAUUUUGUUAAAGAGGGACCAGAGCCAGAACGUCACGAUUUAAAAUGUGGGGGAUGAGUUCCGGUUUUCGUGGCUAUACGUCUUAAGGUUCGGGGUGUGGGGGGAGGGAGGUGGGGGGUGUGUGUUGAGGGUGUUAGACCCGGCUGAAAUCGAGAGAUGCCAUAUUUCAAGUUUUAUAAGGAGUUUUUGCAGCCCGAUCCAUUUCCAUUAUUUUUUUUUAUAGCUUUUUAAGGAUCUUGUACAGGUGUUUCAUACGAUUUAUUUAAAAAUCAAUAAAGAUAGUGUUGCUUAUAGCAUCAAUUAGAUCAAAUGCCAGGGCCGACAAGCCCCGCCUCUCAACCCCUUCGCUUCCAAGUUGGCAUGAACAAGGUUUUUUUUGUUUUGUGUUUUUUUGUGUGUGGCACCCUUUCCCAAUAUUUGCAAGUGUAAAAAACUAGUUGAACAUCAAUAAAAAAAAAAUAAAAAAAAUACUGAAAUGGCCGCUAAGCGCUAAGACUUUGGAUUCUCGAGAAUGUGAUUGAUUUGAUGUUUGAUUGAUUCCAGCGCUCUUUGAGACUCUACGUCACAGAGGUGCAGUUAUGUUUUUAAUUUAAACAUCAGGCUAAAUGGCUAUUGGCACGCAGAGGCGCAAGGCUAUAUUUGACGCCAUGCUAAAUUGCUACGUGCCCGUAGAGGCGCAAUUUUUCUUUUGACAUGAUUCAAAAUUGCUAGAUGCACAAAGAAAAAAAGAAAUGACGAUAAAUCCAAAUUUUAUAUAUAUAUAUAUAUAUAUAUGUAUAUAUACAUUUUCGUCAAUUUUCUUUUUGAACGUACUAUAUCUAUAUGGUACAACAAAAUAAUGCAUUCAAAAAGAAAUAAGACCCAAAAUUAGAUCGCGGGAAUGUAAAAUAAAAUUCGACCAAACUUCCGUUCGAUCAAAUUUCCUUUGAUCAAUUUUCCGUCGAAGAAAUUUCUUUCGAGCAAAUUUCCAGAUACGCAGUCAUAUUUGUGCGGGCUCAGUGGGUUAUCGCUGUUAUCGGGGCCUGGAGAAAUGUACGCUGCAGCGCUUUCAGAAUUAACCGCGUCUUGGAAUGGUGGGAUAGCAAACAGCAUAUUCAUCUGUUUCAUGAUAGGAUCAUAUUAUUUUCAAUCUUUCGCUUGUAAACAAUUGUCUAAUAUAAAUAGUUGUCUGAUAUCGUCACGCCCGAGGCAUCUUUUUUUUUUUACAUUUGAAGAAAUUAUAUCACGAUUAAUUUUGACAAGUAUUUUCGGAUCCUUGUAAGGUCUGUUAUCAAUGUAGAAGUUAAAUAUGUUUGGCUUGUAUUACCGUAAAACUGUUUUCUAAGGCUCUUGGUCCAUUUGUAAUAAUGAGUACGGGGCUCGGGUUCUAAUCCUAGAAUAUAUAUUUGGAACCAUUUGAAACUUUUGCAGCCGACUGAAUACCAGUAACUCUAACGUAUUAAAAUUGAUAUUUUUAGGUCAGUUUAUGUAGAGACAAAAUGCGUUAAUUAAACACAAAAAAAGACAUAUAAACAAUUUAUUUUAAAACAUAAAAAAAACAACAACACAAAAACAACAAAAAAACAACCCAAUAAAUAAGUUUAACAAAAAGAAGCAACAACAAUAAAUCCCCUCCGAUUUCUGUUACCCCCAAACCCUCCAAGUAGUUCUGCAUACACAAUGUCUUAGAUAUACUGUGACGUAGAUGAAAUCCUGAAUUUGGAUUGAUGAUCAACACCACCAGAAAAUUAUUCUUGAACAUUCAAUGGGAUAUUUUGAUGGCGAAAGCUGUAGUUGAUGUUGCACGCAAAUCCCGUAGUUGAUUGUAUCGACGUGUCCUGCAGUUGAUGUUCCCAAAAUAUCCCGUACUCGAUGUUUCCAAAAUAUCCUGAAGUUGAUGUUGCGGCAUAUCCUGAAGUUGAUGUUGCCGGUAUAUCCUGUAGUUGAUGUUUCCGGCAUAUCCUGUAGUUGAUGUUUCCGGCAUAUCCUGUAGUUGAUGUUGCCGGCAUAUCCUGUAGUUGAUGUUGCCGGCAUAUCCUGUAGUUGAUGUUGCCGGCAUAUCCUGUAGUUGAUGUUGCCGACAUAUCCUUUAGUUGAUGUUUAAUAUCCUGUAGUUGAUGUUGCGGCAUAUCCUGAUGUUGAUGUUGCCGGUAUAUCCCGUAAUUGAUGUUUCCGGCAUAUCCUGUAGUUGAUGUUUCCGGCAUAUCCUGUAGUUGAUGUUGCCGGCAUAUCCUGUAGUUGAUGUUGCCGGAAUAUCCUGUAGUUGAUGUUGCCGGCAUAUCCUGUAGUUGAUGUUGCCGACAUAUCCUGUAGUUGAUGUUUCCGGCAUAUCCUGUAGUUGAUGUUGCCGGCAUAUCCUGUAGUUGAUGUUGCCGGCAUAUCCUGUAGUUGAUGUUGCCGGCAUAUCCCGUAGUUGAUGUUGCCGGCAUGUCCUGAAGUUGAUGUUGCCGGCAUAUCCUGGAGACCCGUGACCUUCGGGGGGCCCCGUUUGCGUCACGCCUCUGUUGCCAGCGUUGUGUGGCAAAGUCCUAUCAUUCCCGAGGGAGCGGUCUCGGCUGACUGAGUUUAAACGGUGAAGCCAGUAUUUAAAUGCCCAUUACCAGUCUGAGAAUGUUCCGUGCCGCCUUGUAAUCCCAGAUUUGAAUGUUAAAAACCUCAUCUACGAUGAUGCAAUAUUCAUAAUAUUAUUUUGUGCUUUGUCAACACACUCUCUCUCUCUCUCUCUCUCUCCCCUGGUCUUUACCUGCCGUUCCAGAGAACAUUUUCUAUUGAAAAAAAUCGGUCACAAAUCUCUUCAGCCCAAGAACCUCUAAAUCAGCGGUUCUCGGCCUGUGGGUCGUGACCCCUUUGGGGGUCGAGCGACUCUCGCAUGGGGGUCGCCUAAGACCAUCGGAAAACAAACAUUUAUGAAGUAGAAAUGAAAAUAAUUUAUGGCUGGUGGGGUCAUCACGACAUGAGAAACUGCAUUAAAGGGUCGCGGCAUUAGGAAGGUUGAGAACCACUGCUCUCUAUAAAUCUAUUUGAAACAAUUUGUAUACGGGAAAUUGAAGUGUUGAAAGAUCAGCAUGCUUUCGGGAUCUCAACGAGUUUUGAGUGUCUGUGCAUGAUUCAAUGGCCAGUUUUUUUGUGUUCUUGUAUAUGGCCAAGUUACUGCAUAGGAUACAAUGUAUUCCGAUAUACCUUAUACACGUAGGAGUGUUUAUUGUAAUGCUUAUAUUGUACAGUAAUAAUCAGUAUUAAUAUCGGUGGGUCAGCUGAUUGUUUAAAAAAAAAUGGGUUACCGGAAAUUUGAUCGAAAGAAAUUUCGUCGACGAUAAAUUGAUCGACGGUAAUUUGAUCGAACGGAAAUUUGGUCGAAUCUUUUUUUCCGUUCGCACGUUGAAAUUUUCGUCAUAUUUCUUUUUGAACGCACUAUACUAUUUAGUAAAACAAAAUAAUUCGUUCAAAAAGAAAUUUGAUGCAAAAUUGUUACGUAAAAAUUGAAAGGAAGAUUCGACCAAAUUUCCGUUCGAUCAUAUUACCGUCGACGAAAGUUCUUUCGAUCAAAUUUCCGGAUACGAGAAAAAAUGCAAUGAUGCCUGGAUUUUUUUGUUCGCCAGCAAAAAAGAGGUCGUUCCUAAAAAUAGAUGUCAUCCGCUUAAAAUAAAAAUCCGAGGAAAUAGCCGAGUCUGGUCUUAUCAUAAAACAAAACAAUACAACUAAAGCUAUCUAGAUGUGUACGUGUAUUCUGUAACAGGGGUCGGAAUUGGUUCUGCCGUUUGUUAUAUGACAAUGCCACUUGUCUGCACCUUGCGUACGAUACUAAGUAUUAUUUUUUUUUGAAAGACACUCAGUUCGGAUAAACGACAUUUCGGGUAAUGGACGGUCCGAAAAUAAGAUUUGUAAAAUUUUUUAAAUGAUCUGCCGUGUCGAGCCCAUCAGCUUGUCCCAAAUUUUUUCUGCUCCCUUAACCAUGUUGGGCUCUUGAAUACGCUACAGGCAAGCGAUUCGUUCUCAGUUUAUUUCGUAUUUGAGGAUCUCAGGGCUUCUUUUAAAUUGUUUUUUUUUUCUUUUCUAGAAUUGCCGGUAGGUCUUCUAGUAAUGUUAAUAGGCUACAGUAAAGGUUAAAAAGAGGGUAGAGGCGGAAGGGGGUAAAUUGGUUUUUUUUUUCUUUUCUAGAAUUGCCGGUAGGUCUUCUAGUAAUGUUAAUAGGCUACAGUAAAGGUUAAAAAGAGGGUAGAGGCGGAAGGGGGGGGGUGGGGGGGUGGGGGGGUAAAGGCGGAGGGAGGGGGGUUCGAGGCGGGGGCUAGCCGAAUGACAUACAAUCUUAUGCUAAAUUUAUCCCCAUAGGCAGUCAAUAGAUCAGCGGCGGUUGUAAGCCUUAAACUAUAAUAAUGACAGUGACGCAUUGAUCCUAAUAACAUCAUUUGAAUACCAAUUAAAAUGUAUCGGCUGUGUCCGUGAAGAGCAGUGUGUCCUCGUAAACUUAUUGGUGAAUUCGGUCAUAACCAUGCAGCACGUUAGGGAGAAAAACGAGCCGCCACACAAUCGAUUGUAUAGCUACAUAUCAAAGCCCAUCGUCACACAGGUAAACGCAAUGUGACAAAUCAAUGCUGACAUGCACAUCGCUGAUUCGUGACAGUCGUGUAUUGGUGUACCGUUGAUUCGUGACAUGUCAGUGAGUCAUGACUGACCAGUGAGUCGUGACACAUCAUCGAACCUUGACACAAAAGUGUGUCGCUGCACACCAGUGAGUCGUAUCACUUCUAGUGAGUCGUGACACAUCGGUGAUUUGUGACACAUCAAUAAGCCGUGUCACAACCAGUGAGUCGUGCCACACGAAUGAGUCUUAACACCCAGUGCGUACUCCUGACACCCUGGUUACCGGUCGAAACCGUUCCCCGCAGAUACUGUCCCAGAUUGAGUUUUAAGCUACAAUGUACGUCUAUGUUUAAGAUACAGAUGAUGCUCUAAGUCUUAUGUGUAAGAUAACGGAGGUAAGGGCUCUGACUUGUUUGUAUCUUUCCCUUACCACCACCCACCCCACACCCCACUUUCGCCUUAAAAAAAACAGCUAUUUCCAAGGCACACACAACAUAGGGGGGGGGGACCAAAUCAUAAACUGGAAAAAACGGGACGCUUUCAAGGACGGGUUGUUUGUUUUUUUUUUUUUUUUGGGGGGGGGGGGGAAUUACCAAUACUUAAAAACAGUAUUGCAAACUGUGCACUCGGCUACUUUCAUAGCGUCCCUUUUUUAAUACAGUUCCAGUUCCACUCUUUGGAACGCUCCUCCAUAAACUUACAUUAAUGCUUGGGCAUAAUUAAUGUCUACAUCAGAAGAUAAUAUCAAAUUAAAGAAUAAAGUUCAACACCCAAAACAAACACCUGUCGCCCACAAACACCCCCCCCCUUUUUUUUUUCGGCUUCAAGUCUCUUUCGAUAAACUUAUACAUUUACAUAGAAGAUCUAUGGCAGGGACACUGUGGUGGACAGAGCAGCCAUCACGCGAGCCCUCAUCACUACUGUCACUGGCUACACAGCUAGUCCACAUCACUACUGGCACUGGCUACACAGCUAGCCCACAUCACCGCAGGCACUGGCUACACAGCUAGCGCACAUCACCGCUGGCACUGGCUACACAGCUAGCCCACAUCACUACUGGCACUGGCUGGACAGCUAGCCCACAUCACCGCUGGCACUGGCUACACAACUAGCCCACAUCACUACUGGCACUGGCUACACAGCUAGCGCACAUCACUACUGGCACUGGCUACACAGCUAGCCCACAUCACUACUGGCACUGGCUGGACAGCUAGCCCACAUCACUACUGGCACUGGCUGCAUAGCUAGCCCACAUCACUACUGGCACUGGCUGGACAGCUAGCCCACAUCACCACUGGCACUGGCUGCAUAGCUAGCCCACAUCACUACUGGCACUGGCUGGACACCUAGCCCACCUCACUAUGCCCACAUCACUACUGGCACUGGCUGCAUAGCUAGCCCACAUCACUACUGGCACUGGCUGGACAGCUAGCCCACAUCACCGCUGGCACUGGCUGCAUAGCUAGCCCACAUCACUACUGGCACUGGCUGGACAGCUAGCCCACAUCACUACUGGCACUGGCUACACAGCUAGCCCACAUCACUACUGGCACUGGCUACACAGCUAGCCCACAUCACUACUGGCACUGGCUAGACAGCUAGCCCACAUCACUACUGGCACUGGCUACACAGCUAGCCCACAACACUACUGGCACUGGCUACACAGCUAGCCCACAUCACUACUGGCACUGGCUGGACAGCUAGCCCACAUCACUACUGGCACUGGAUAUACAGCUAGCCCACAACACUACUGGCACUGGCUGCAUAGCUAGCCCACAUCACCACUGGCACUGGAUACACAGCUAGCCCACAACACUACUGGCACUGGCUGGACAGCUAGCCCACAUCACUACUGGCACUGGCUGCAUAGCUAGCCCACAUCACUACUGGCACUGGAUACACAGCUAGCCCACAACACUACUGGCACUGGCUACACAGCUAGACCACAUCACUACUGGCACUGGCUACACAGCUAGCCCACAUCACUACUGGCACUGGCUACACAGCUAGCCCACAUCACUACUGGCACUGGCUACACAGCUAGCCCACAUCACUACUGGCACUGGCUACACAGCUAGCCCACAUCACUACUGGCACUGGCUACACAGCUAGCCCACAUCACCACUGGCACUGGAUACACAGCUAGCCCACAUCACUACUGGCACUGGCUACACAGCUAGCCCACAUCACCGCUGGCACUGGCUACACAGCUAGCCCACAUCACUACUGGCACUGGCUACACAUCUAGCCCACAUCACUACUGGCACUGGCUACACAGCUAUCCCACAUCACUACUGGCACUGGCCACACAGCUAGCCCACAUCACUACUGGCACUGGCUACACAGCUAGCCCACAUCACCACUGGCACUGGCUACACAGCUAGCCCACAUCACUACUGGCACUGGCUACACAGCUAGCCCACAUCACCGCUGGCACUGGCUACACAGCUAGCCCACAUCACUACUGGCACUGGCUACACAGCUAGCCCACAUCACUACUGGCACUGGCUACACAGCUAGUCCACAUCACUACUGGCACUGGCUACACAGCUAGCCCACAUCACCGCUGGCACUGGCUACACAUCUAGCCCACAUCACUACUGGCACUGGCUACACAGCUAGCCCACAUCACUACUGGCACUGGCUACACAGCUAUCCCACAUCAUCACUGGCACUGGCUACACAGCUAGCCAAAGUAUUACUUGAAGUUAUAUUAUAAAUUAGGACGGUUGAGUGAUUUGAAAAUGUGUUUGGUUAAAAAAAAACGGGACAGGCGUCCCGAGAGACUUUUUCGGGACAACGGGCACGAUCGUGAAAAAACGGGUACAAUCCUGUUUUUAUGGGACGUUUGGUCACCCUAACAUAACAUGAUCACAUCUCCUUUGAAUUUCCCACCUUUGCACUUACAUCCUACUUUUCCGGUCUAUAUUUAGCCAACAAAAGCAUGAAUGAAUGUUAACAAAACAAAGACUCACGCUUUGGUCAAGCCGUGGGGAAAAUGACUACGUCGGGUAUUCCUCUAAGAUGUGUUGUCCAUCUUAAAUCUUGCAUAGAUUUAAAAAAAAAAAAAAUGUUUUUUUCAACAUUGCAUACACCCUAUCACGUCUGUCUGUUAACAAAAAUUCUUCUUCUGUUUCACACAGGAGCGGGGAAGAGAGCUGAAAAUUCCAGAACCGCUGAGCAAC